AUGACCAAGAUACAAAGACAGGGCCUGUUGCUAAUUAUGGUGCUCGUUCAGAACUCCUCGCCAGUGUCAACUGCACUAGGCGAGAAGUUCCCUGUCGUUGAACCGGGCGAAGGAAGAAGGGAUGAAGGACCAACAGCAGCAACAACAACAACGGUAGGGCGAGAUUUUCAUCCUAGCCAAAACCGGCUUCGACGCGAGGAAUACCCACCCUCGCAAGGAAGCCGCAAACGUCACCAACGGCUGCGGGCGGAGCAGGAGCGUACCCCAUAUGCCCAAGUGUCUCCAAGGAACCACCGUAACAUGCAGGGUUGGGGGCGUGAGCACCGAAAACUGGAAGGAAUAACCGAAAUGCUUCCGCACACGGACCCGCAGCUCUCUGUUGAACCAGAGAUGCUAGAAGAUGGGAACCAUUCCUUGCGGCAGAUCAGCCGAGCUCUCAAGAACCCUCCAACCAACGGUUCGUGUCCGGUUGCCGCCCAUAACUCCAACUCUGCGGUACUACGAGAAGACCGGCUUCACGCCAAAACGUCGACUGUGAUUUUCGGCACCUCCAACGUGUGGGCUAGGCUGCAACAGGCCGCAACCAUAUCGUCGCAACAGCGAUGCCCGAGCCCGCCGUGCUGUCUUGGGACCCACGUGCACACGUAUCGGGGGGGUGACCUAGGAGAGGAGAUGUCGCACGUCCAGGGAGCCGUGGUGGUCCGGAGGCCCGAUCUGGCGCAGGCCCCCGUAUCGCUGGCGCCUGCCCACGACGUGGACUUCGACAAGACGUUUCAGUCCUACUUCCCCAUCUCGCAAAACUCGCUGCUCAGGCGAAUAGUCGAGGCCGACGAAUUCAACUUGACAUCCACGACCCAUCACGUGGAGCCGGCGUUCGCCGAGCUAUUUGUCGCCACGAAUUUCUUUGGUGCCGUCCGAGACGGCAACCCUGCCGCCGCAGAGGGCUACGCGGACGGAGCGCUUGCCGCCUUGUCUGCUUCGUACGAUCCAAACGAAAAGUUGACGCACGACGUGACUUUUUUCGUGGGUAAUUGCAACACCGGAGCAAGGUUAUUGACUCCGUACUGUUCGGGAGAGGAACCAAAGCAAGACAUCGAGGAGUGCGUGAGGAUCCCUACGUUGGUCAGCAUGGCAAACGUUUACACUAACAAGAAAGGGGCCGUGUGGAACGAGAAUGUGAGAAAGAGCACCUUGAGGGGCGGAAAUGUCGACCGGCGAAGGCGGGUGGGACGGGGUGUAUCUAUUGAAGUUGUGCUCGUUGUGCGCAACAACCUUCGAGGCCUGAGGAACAACAACGAGGUGAAGGAGGCCCUGAAAACAAACUUUCCGAGCUUCAGCGUGGUGGAGUUCUUCGGCACAGGUUCCGUCCGCGACCAACUCAAGACCUUCGCAACCGCGGCCAUGAUCAUAGCUCCCCACGGGGCCGGGCUUGCGAACAUGAUCGUCGCGCCGCUGCACACUCCGGUGCUGGAAAUAGGCGCGUUAGCGUGCCCCGCCUGUUUUUUGAGGCUCGCCUUGAAGGUACCUAUUGGCCAUAGGGAUAUGGUGUGCGUUGCAGGAGUACGAGGCUGAAUUUUGGGUGGGGAUUACUCCUCCCUUCGCUGGCGUUGAGCGUGCUGCACGACAAAAUAGUAGCGCCCAAAAUCCUGGUUGCUGCCAGUGUCUGGUGUUGAGUGCGCGGACGGCAGGGCGCUCGUGCGGCUGUAAGAUUCACUGAGCGUAGCACAGACCGCCUUCCCUAUCCGAGUUGUUUGUGAUUCACUUCUAACGAAUUGGGUGUUUUGUAGGUCAGCAGUGAGAAUGAAGCGGUUUCUUUACUCCCAGCAAACACGCGUCUUGCGGACGCGCCAUGAAUUACUCUCCUAUCCGUUGGUUGCACUGGCCUCACCUUCUGCCACCAGAAUGAAGCGGUUUCUUUACUCCCAGCAAACACGCGUCUUGCGGACGCGCCAUGAAUUACUCUCCUAUCCGUUGGUUGCACUGGCCUCACCUUCUGACCACCAGUUGCCGAUCCGGACCGUCUUUUCUAUGUCGCACCGACAACGUUUUCUGCGAAAAACUGAAUAAAAGCUUCACCACAUCUACGCCAGACAUCCCGGGGACGACUGGUCACAAGAAUGUCAUACAUGGUACGAGCCAGACGUCGAUGAAAUUGUCGACCUCGUAAGGCACGUGCUUGGGUGUCGUUCGAAUGCUUCAGGGAUCUUCUCAAGGCUAAACGACAAGCUGGAGAUGCCCUGGUACCCCCUCAACCAGCAUUCGCCCAUGAAAAACAGCCGUAGUUUCCGCGGCCCACCACGGCCCGGCUUGUUUGCCUCUGGGAACCCUCGCAAAAAUGGUUCCCGGGAAAAUUCCAAGGGGGGAAUAAUGUUCGAGUCCCUACGAUAGAUGGUCACUCGCUACACAGCCGGGACGGAACGCCUCAGAUGUUUGCCAAGGCACAGGGACCGGGCGGGGGGCGUUUGGCCCACUCGAGCCAAUCCGGAGGCUCUUUUGUUAGGUGGAGGACGAGGCGUCUGCCGUUUUGUGUGGACAAUAACGCGAAUACGCUUUUAAGACCUCAGGUUAUUUGUGCAUAUAUGAUAAAGAGUAGACAUGAACCAGGCUAGAGGGCUGAGGAACGUAAGACGCAAUACUAAAAGCAGCAUAAAAAGCGCGAGAACGCUUUCCAUCAUCGUGGUCCCCCGGCAGAGGUGUGUGUGUGGCGGGUCUUGAGGUUUGGUUACUAUCAAAACACCUUUGCGGGUUGUUCAACGGCAGCAUUGUCUAUGUCCUCUAGGACACCCACCCCCUCCGGACUCUUCACUUACUUUCUCCCUUUUUUUUGGACUGGUCUACGCUGCCGUUUCUGUCAACCCUCCCGUGUCGUUCGCUUCUGUUGAGCAUGUGACACGGGCUAGAUUCGUUCAAUGGCAUCACUGAACCGAGAAACAAGCUACAAAGAUGUUUUGCAUUGCGCUUCAAUCUCACGCUAACCCUGGGAAGGGUAGACCCAAGAUGUUCGCAUCUCCUCGUGUGCCUGAAGACGCGUUUAUCGCACCAUCGUCCGGCUGGAGAUUGUAAUUUUUUUGAAGUAGGUUCUGUUUAUCACUUUCUCCAUGUUGUGGGUCCUGUUUGUCACUCUUAUCAAUUGUAUCACAGUGUUGGGAUUGUUCGAUUUAGAUCCGAGGUUGGCAUAUUUCGUUAUCGUGGCGUACUGUAUCUUGGAAAGCGAUUGUUGAUGAAAAAACUUGCGGAACCCUUGUCAUCUAUGAUGAAGAUAUGUACCACCUAGGGUUUUCGUUUGUCUUGGGAUCGGACCAACCUAGAUCAGGAGGCAAUGCCGAGUACGGUAGACAUGAAACUUCGAGCGACUGGUGGGGUCAUGAUUGAAUGACGACAAAGUGCACUGUGUUGGCUCAGUUAUCGAGCAUGGGCAAAUGAGCCCUACGUCAUGUUUUGCGCAUUUUGUGCCCCUUGUUACUGUGUCGUAGUCGACAGAAUGUAUUCGGCCGAUGUGUCUUAUUUUUCGCGAUAAUUUUCUUUCCCGUGGGGGUCUUCUUGCAUGGUGGUACCUGGUGGUCACGAAAAGUCUUGUAUUUCCCUUGAAUGGAGACGGAAGCAAAGGUAGUACCUAGAAGGCGGAACGGUUUACGAAUGUAAGACAACAAGAUGGUAACAGUCGACCCCUCUCGCGUCUUGUGCGUCGUUAUUUUGGCAGUGGGUGGCAAAGAUAGGUGUAAGUGCGUGUCAUCCGUGAUUGCUUUACUACAGCAUAUCG